AAAAAUGUAAGUAUAAAUUAUUACUAAUUCGAAGCGGUGUUUAUUUACUCACAUAACAGAUGUGAAUUUAAUUAUAUUUACACAACUUAUUAAACUACGUUGCAUAUAAAAAUGUGUGGUGUGAUGUGUAGUGUUCAGAACAAAGCAACAACAUGUACGUUCACGGCGAAGGAGAGUUGCUGGUGCCAGCGCAUUUGAAUUUUGGAAAAUUCAUUUUGGACCUACUGCGGAAAGGACAUCUAGAUGGCGUGUGCUUGCGCAACUGCAGCACAAGUGAAGAAGUAAACGUUCGCUCGUUGAGUACGCGCGCCGUGAACGCGGCGGCGGCGCUGGCGCAGCUCGGCGUGGCGCGCGGCGACGUGGUCGCGCUGAGCGGCGAAGUCAGCGCAGCCUUCCUGCCCACCGCGCUUGCUGUAGUGCUCACGGGUGCCGCCUUCACGCCGAUAGAACUGGAAUGUGGCAGUGCUGUCUUGACACAUAAGUUCAAUUUAACCAAGCCGAAGUACGUCAUCUGCACUCGCUUAUUCUGGGAGAGGUACGGCGAUAUACUGAAGGGUUUAGAUUACAUAAAAACCUUCCUUUGUUUCGACGGCGUUGACGAUUUGGAGUCAGUAGAGGCGCUGGCGAAGGACGUGGGUGUUUGCGCGUUCGAGCCCGCUGUGGUGCGUGGGGACGACGUCGCGAUGAUCAUGUACUCGUCGGGCACCACGGGCAUGUGCAAGGGCGUUCAGCUUACGCACUUAAGUCUCAUUACGAGGUUCCAGUUGUGCAAACACAUGUAUAACUGUGAGUCUUUAAACGUAGCUUUAAUUCUUUUCGUCCACACGUCUUCUUAUACAUUUACUUUAACAUUAUAUCUUCUCUCCGCUGGCAAAACAGUCCUGUAUGGUGGGAACGACAUCAAGAUUGCACAAGAUUUUAAGGUGGGCAUGAUAAUGACAGCCCCCAGAUUUAUACAGGACAACAAAAUAUUAGGACAACAAGACAACGUCAUCACAUCACUUAAGAUGCUCUACACCAGCAGUGCGGCCAUCCCUUUACAGCUUGAACAAAACUUCAGGGAGAGGUAUCCCGAAGUGAAGAUAGUUAACACGUAUGGAGCAUGCGAAAGUUUCGUCGCCACGUCUACGAGAGGUCUAUAUGAUGGCUCGAAUGCAGAAUCUGGGCGUGUAGGCGUGGUGCUCCCGGGAGUUGCGGUAAAGGUCGUGGAUGUGGAAACGCGAAAGGCCCUGGGCCCGGAGCAGCGCGGGGAGAUAUGCAUCCGGAGCCCGGCCCUGAUGAAGGGCUACCUCGGCGCGCCCUCGCCCGUGGACCACCAGGGCUUCUACCCGACUGGCGACCUCGGCUAUUAUGACAAACAGAAGCGCUUUUACCUGGUUGAUAGACUGGCAGACAUGAUUUGCUAUAAGGGGCGCAAGGUGUCGCCCAAAGACAUCGAAUGCGUGCUGCAGCGGCACCCAGCCGUGAGCGAGGUGUCUGUAGUGGGCAAGCCGGCGGACGGCGUGAUCAUCGAGUUGCCCGUCGCAUUCGUGGUGCUGAAGCCCGGCGCCGCCGCUGCCGCGGAGGAGCUGCAGGAGUAUGUAGACAAGCAGGUGACAUGGUACAUGCAGCUACACGGCGGGGUGCGGUUUCUGCCUGAACUGCCUCGCAACCCGCGGGGGAAGGUCCUGCGGCGCCGACUCAGGGAGAUCCUGGCGCUUGAAUAAUUCAAUAAUGAUUGUCGUAUGCAACUUUUUAUUUGUAUAGAACUAUUCCUAAUGCAAUAGCUAAACAGCCGUGGGGCUCGGCUAGUAUUCGGAGGUUUUUUCAAACCAAUAGCAGCGCUCCACAACUCUACAUUUCAAAACCAAACCAUUUUGUAUUGAAAAAAUCUCUUUCGUCAUCCUCCUUACAAGCAACCACCAUAUUCUGCGUGUAGCAGUUUUGUCAAGAACCCCCUUGUAAACCAGUAUCUUUGGAUUAUAUUUAUAUCAGUUUACAACAAAUCGCAGUUUUAUUCGAGUCGUCGUGAUCCUGACCUGUCGGCGGCUACAAUGAGCGAGCAAACUUAUUCAACUAGACGAAACCUUGCUUUUAAUAACCAUCCCGUCCCAUUCCCUU